AUGUCACAGUCACAAUCUCUUGAUUUUUCAAGGAACACUCUUUCUGCCGGAAUUCCCACAACCAUGGAUAAUCUAAAUUUUCUGCAAUACUUGGACCUUUCUUACAAUGACUUGACUGGAGAAGUUCCUUCUGGCACUCAGCUCAAAAGUUUUGGUCCUUUACCAUAUGCUGGAAACCUUAUGCUCUGUGGACCUCCACUGGUGAAAUAA